AUGCCGACUGAUUGUGCCGAAAAUGCCUUGGCGGAUCCGCGGGAGUGGUUCCUCUCGGCCCUGGAGCAGCGGUUUGAGCAGCAGGAGGCCGUGAUCCGAAAACUGCUGGACGACCAUCUCCAGCUGCUUCGGUGCCCGGGGCCCUCUGGUGCAGCGGCCGUCGACCCGGGGCUCGAACAAAUGGUUGCGAUGGACGCUGCUCCUGGAGAAGGGGUGCCGAAGCAGGACGUCGCCGCGGAAGCGCCACUGGAGACGACCGUCAAGGUGGAAGAUGGCGGCAAAGACACUGGGAAAGGUCUUGAUAGCCAGAGAAGCACCACCAGCCACCGCCAUGCGACAAAGCUUGAGAAGCAUGUCCUGACAGACAUGUCGGAGGUGGAGGACGCCUCGCGAUACCGAGAGUGGGUGAAGGGUCCCUUGGAUGUUUGCGUCGCCGUCGUGGUCGUCUUGAACUUCGUCUGCAUGGCCGCAUGGACCCAAGAAGUGGGCUAUCAAGCCGACGUAAGUCUCGGGCUUGCAGAGCCCCGGGCGCUGGAUUCCACUUUCCUGACGGCGGAUCUCUUCCUGGCCGUGGACGUGUUUUUUUGCUCCAUCUACGUGCUGGAUGUCCUCGUGCGCAUGGUGGUGCUCAGGAGGGAGUGGCUCUACGAUGAGGUGGACGGAUUCAUGUUUACGAAUGUCUUCGAUCUCAUCCUUGUGCUGAUUCACGUGCUUGAGAUCGUGUUGGCAAGCAGUGGCGGUGCGUACCAACAGGUUAGUGCUCUUCGCAUUUGGAAACUGUUGCGGCUGGUGCUCACCGUUCGAAUCAUGAAGACUGUGAACUUGUUUCGGCAGCUACGUGUCUUAAUCAGCGCGUGCAUCUCGUCCCUGAGUGCUUUAUUCUGGUCCUUGGUCUUGAUGGUGCUGCUGGAGCUGGGCUUCACGAUCAUUAUUUGCCAGUCGCUCCAGGAGUACAUCUUGGACGAGCAGCACGAUCUGGAGACUCGAAGGGCGAUAAGCGUCCUCUACGGCAGUUUCGGCCGCGCGCUGUACACCGUUUUCGAACUGACCUUCUCCGGCGGAUGGAUUGUCAGAGUCCGACCUGUCGUCGACAACGUCAGCCACUGGUAUGCCAUUCCGUUCUUAUGCUAUAUCACGUCCCGUGGCCUGCAGUUUGAGGGUGUUUAG